AUUUAUUUUGGAAAAAUCUUUUAUUAUAUUUAUGGAAAAACAGGCAGGGUCGACGAUCUGGGAAAGGCGACAGUUAUUUCCGGCGCGGCGAGGAAUGCUACACGGACAAGGACAGAGCAGCCGCAGUCAACAUGGGCAACCGCGACAUCAAACUCAGUUUGAAACUGAAACGGAGGCAGGAGAGAAGCAAGGCCUUGCAGAUACCCGAGCAGGCAGACCCGAACACUCUUUUAACCCUCGGCGGGCACGAGAUGAAGGGUGGUGACCUCAAGGUUGCCCUCGGGUUUGUAAAUAAGGCUCUGGAGCUGCAGCCAAACGACAAACACGCCCUCGUGGCCCGAAGCAAAUGUCACCUGCUGCUGGGUCUGGCCGAAGAAGCGCUGCAUGACGCCAAUGCUGCCUUGGCGCUGGACAAACACUUUGUCAAAGGAAUUUUCCAAAAAGCGGAGGCGCUGUAUCACUUGGGCGACUUCGAGCACAGCCUCAUGUUUUAUCACAGGGGCCAGCGACUGCGGCCCGAGCAGGCUGGCUUCCGACUGGGCGUGCAGAAGGCACAAGAAGCGAUUGAAAAUGCCAUUUGCAGCUGCAGAGACAAACUGGCUCUUCUCUCGGCAAAGUACGCGGAUGGCUUUUCACUGGAGAACAACAACUGUGCCAUCGCUAACAACGCAAACGAGGUCGACGACAUCGAGAGUGCGACUAACAAGGAAAACAAUUUAAAGCCAGUCACUCCUUUGAUUGCUGGCAAAUCAACGCCGUCGUCCGGCAAGAGCAGGGCGUCGACGUCGACAGCGAGCAAGCAGCCGAAAAAGAAGCAACACCUGCUCGGACAGCUGAGCGUCGACCGGGAGUACCUGGAGAACCUUUUGCAGCAUCCAGAUAUAAAGGCUUCGAACCAGGACUCCGUGAGUCACAUUUCAAUGCACGCUGAGGAAGGGGUGGCCUUCCUAAAACGGAGGCAGGAGUUCUGGAGGCAGCAGUGUCCGAAAUCCACCAAGAAAUAAAACCACAACUCGAA